AAAAGCAUCAAAAUUGAAGAUGGAAAUCCUGAUCGAUACAGACUGCAAACAACAGCAGACAGGUCAGAUGAAUCUGAACUAUACAGAAAAAUGAACUUUGGACAAAGAGACAAAAACAAACCUCAUAAAACCAUUCUGCUGGUCGGAGAAACAGGAACAGGGAAAACAAAACUCAUCAACACCAUGAUCAACUACAUGCUGGGUGUAAAGAGAGAAGACAAGGUUUGGUUUGAGAUCACAGAUGACCAGAGUAAUGAAACAUCAGCUCACAGUCAGACCUCCAUCAUCGCUGUUCAUGGGGUUUAUCUACAAGAGAGUCCAACUGAUCUAACAAUCAUCGACACACCAGGAUAUGGAGACACUCAUGCUGAACUUGAUGAACAGAUCGCUGUGAGUUUUUUUAGUUUAAGUAAACCUGAAGAUGGGAUCCAUGCAGUAGAUGCAGUGUGUCUGGUGAUUAAUGCAAACCAGAAUCGCCUCUCUGACAGACAGAUCUACAUAUUUGAUGCUGUUCAGUCUAUAUUUGGAAGAGAUAUUGCUGAAAACAUUGUCCUGCUCUUCACACACUCAACUGGAGCUCCUCCUAGAAAUGCCUUAAUGGCUGUUAAAGAGGCUCAAAUCAAGUGUGCAGUGAAUGAACAGAAGAAUCAGCCUGUGUUUUUCCUGUUCGACAACUAUCAGUCAGAUGCUCACGAUGAAGAAUAUGAGACAAUACAGGAACAAUCCUGGAAUCUGAGCUUUAGAGGAAUGACAGGAUUGUUUGAGUUUCUUAACACCAUAAAACCAAAAUCCCUGAAGAUGACUCAAGAUGUUCUACAACAACGAAAUCAGCUAGAAAUAAAAAUCUCCAAUCUAAAAUCACAUGUUCAGCUGAUAAAACUAAAGCAAAAUGAGCUGAAACAACCUCAAGAGGCUCUGGAGAAAAGCAAGUGUUAUGUUCAGAGCAAUAAAAACUUUGAGUAUGAAGUUGAAGUGCCCUAUAAAGAAAAGGUUGAUAUUGAUCGGUCUGUAGAUGAAGCGGCGAUGUGCUGCACCGUCUGUGAGGAGAACUGUCAUUAUCCUGGAUGCUGGUGGACCAGUGAUGUCUCUCUGUGUAGUGUGAUGAGAAAGAAUCACUGUACAGUGUGCUCUAAUAAAUGCCACUACAGCAAACACAUCAAAACACCUAAAAUAUAUGUGACAAGGACAAAGAAGGAGAAGAGGACGAAUGAAGAUUUAAAGAAGAAAUAUGAUGAGAAAAUCAAGACCAAUGAGUCUGCAAUCAAGAAACUGGAAGAAGAGCUGCGGGAGUUAGAGAAGGAGAAGAUGAGGAGUGUGUUUGAGGCAUUUUACUGUGUGGAUAUUCUGCAGUUUAUUGCUCUUAACGCUGAUUCACUGAACACACUUCAACAUGUGGAUUAUCUGAUGGAGAAGCUGAAGGACAUAAAUGAGCCUGAAAAGGUCAAAAAAGUGGAAGACAUCAAGAAGAGAGCUGACGGAAAAUACAGAGCUCUGAGAUUCAUCAAAAGAUGUUAAAUUGAAAUAAAUUUUAAAUGCAAUCUGUGAUCAGGUUAAAUUAGUUUUGUUAAAUAAUUUGUAUAUGCUGCUCCAACAUUGAAAACAAAUACCAAACCAAACAGGUCUUCACAGAAAACACAAUAGAUACUAUUUAGAUUAAUUUAUUUGUUUUGUUUCAGCCU